AUUACGGCGUAGAGUGGGGAAAAUGUGGGUACGAAACCGCGGAGCUCGUUCAUGGAAUGCGCCAAAAAGUAGCGUCCAAGUCUCAGACCUUAGCAGCGGUAGUACAUAAUUAUUACUCAGUGUGGUACAUACAUGCAACCAAUUUGGUGGCACUGUUUACUGUCAAUGCGAGAAAUUUUAACGCACUGCGCCGUCAUUCAGGAUUUUAUAAUUUCAUUCUUCAGUUUUCUGUAUUCACAGACACAAUAUCCGUCUACGUCCGUAGUAUUGUUACUAAUUUACCGUUGCAAGUGCCUACCUACAAGAUAAGUAAAAAUUAUUUUUAUUACUUAGCUAAACACUUUAAAUAAUGGCAAAUGUCAUUGAGACAAAUAGUAUGGAAAGCACAACGAUUUCAUACACCAAUUUGGCGCUCCUGGCUAUAGCACUAAUGUAUCCUGCCUUAGAUAGAUCAAUAAAAGAACUCAUUUUAAGUAAAAUCAAAAUAAUAUUGCAAAAGGCCAUGUCAUCAAAAUAUUGGAGAAUUAUGAUACCACUGAUUAGUAUUGCAAUUUACUUUCAGAUUUUCAUCAUUUGGAAUGUACCCUUCACAAAUGUAUUGUUUUUGGCUAUACGCUUAUUUAGAAUAUAUCAAAUUGCUUUUGGUGUGAAAUUUUUCAGUCAAUUUUUAAGCAUUAAAUUGGGAGCCAUAUUAUCGAACAAUAUACGUAUCAACAAUAUAUGUUUUACACAAAUUUACAAUAUGAACCUUGGUGAUAGAUUUCUUACGCUUCAAGUACAAUUUACAAUACUUGAUAUUUCAUGUUAUAUAUUGUGUGCAGCAUUUGGAGUAUAUUAUAUAUGUACCGAGUAUUGGAAUUCAAACCAUUUAUUGAGAUUACUAACUUUUCCGUUCUGACUGAAAUUGAAUGCCAUAUAACAUUAAAAGGAGAUUUCAUUAAACUUUAUUCAGUUCUGAAGAUCAUUAAAUGGUAAUUGCACAAUACACACGGCAUGGAAAUAUUUAUUAAAUAUUUAAUGAUAACCAAUACUAAUGUAUACAUUA